CGCCGCAGACGAAGCACUUGGACUAAACUCAAUUCCAAACACAUACUCAACACAACAAAGUAACGAUUAGGAUCAACAAUGGGGUUCGAAACCACAGCGGAUAAACUAGAAAGACCAAACAAUUUUGGCGCACGCCAUUGGCAGGCCAUAUUGCUCUUUGUUGGCAUGAUGAUCAACUAUUUCCAAAGAGUGGACAUCUCAGCUGGUAUAGUGCCUAUGACACAGUCCACUGCUGGUGCUCCUUUUUACAAAUGGGAACUCUCGCAGAAAUCCUUAAUACUAAGCAGCUUCUUUUGGGGCUAUGUGGUGGCUCAAGUGCCCGCAGGUCUUUUGGCUAAGCGCUUUGGCGCAAAGAAUGUCCUGUGCAUAGGCACCGCGGUUGGUGGCAUAUUCUGUUUCUUCCAUCCCAUGGCUGCUGCGGGCGGUUGGAUACAGCUUUGUGUGCUACGCAUAUUAACAGGCCUGGUCCAGGGCACUGUCUAUCCCUGCAUGCAUACUUUAUUAUCCAAGUGGGUGCCACGUACUGAGCGUGGCUUUCUCACUACAGCCGUUUACUCCGGCGCACAGUUUGGAACAGCAGUAAUUUUGAUCAGCAGCGGCGAGAUUUUUGAGUCCAGCAUGGGUUGGAUGGGUCUGUUCUACAUUUCUGGCGGCUUGGGCGUCGCUUGGGCUGCAUUAUUUUUUUGGCAAGGUGCCAAUGAGCCCGCCGUAUCGCGCUGCUGUAGCAAACUGGAACGGGACUAUAUUGAAAGCCUUACCGGCAGCAAUGCUGACAGUCAGUCAUUGGCUGUACCUUGGAGUUCUAUAUUUAAAUCUGCGCCCUUCUAUGGGCUGUUAGCGGCUCACUGCGGCUUUACCUGGGGCUUCUACACCUUGCUCACCGAACUUCCCAGCUAUAUGAGCAGUGUGCUCCAGCUUGAUGUCAAAUCGAAUGCGCUACUCUCAUCCCUGCCUUACUUUGCUAUGGGCUUCCUUUGUUUUGUGGUUAGCCCCAUCUCAGAUCUGCUUAUCAAUCGCCAUGUCCUGUCGGUGACCAAUGCGCGCAAGCUUUUCAACUCCAUUGGCUUGUGGGUGCCCAUGGCUUGUCUAAUUGGACUUGGAUAUAUGACAGCAGAUGAUAAAAUUAACGCAAUUGUGCUGCUCACACUGGCCGUUGGCAUCAACGCUGCCUGCUUCUGUGGCUAUCUAGUAAAUCAUAUGGAUCUGUCGCCGAAUUUUGCGGGUCCCAUGAUGGGUGUCACCAAUGGAUUGGCGGGUGUUACCUCAAUUAUAGCACCUUUAGUAGUGGGGGCUAUUUUAUCAGAUGAAGAGGAUCCCAAUCAAUGGCGUGUGGUAUUCUUCAUCACAGGCGGCGUCUAUUUGCUGACCAACACGCUCUUUGUGAUCUUUGGCAAAGCUACAGUGCAGCCUUGGAAUGAUGCACCCAGCUUAUCCAGCACCAUGACUUUGCGCAAUCAUUUAGAAACAGAUUCUAGAACUAUUGUGCCUACGACAGACAGAGAGAAAGAGAAUCGCUUUUAAGUAAAUAAAUCUUGCUAGGUUUUAAGAUAUAUUUAAGUUGUAA